UUGCAACUUUAUUCUUGUAUUUUAUUUCCACUAGACGUUUGUAAAGAUUUCAAAUAAAAAUGACUAGUUCAAAUUCAGUAGCUGAUGUGGAUGCGUGGAUUACUCAGCUUCAAGAUUGUAAACAACUUUCUGAAGGAGAUAUCAAAAGACUUUGUGAAAAGGCGCGUGAAAUUCUUAUAGAAGAGUCUAAUGUACAGCCUGUGAAAUGUCCAGUAACUGUUUGUGGUGAUAUUCACGGUCAAUUUCAUGAUUUACAAGAGUUAUUCCGUAUUGGCGGUAACUCUCCCGAUACCAACUAUUUAUUCAUGGGUGAUUAUGUCGAUCGUGGCUAUUAUUCUGUUGAGACUGUUACUUUAUUGGUGUCUCUUAAAGUAAGAUAUAAAGAUCGUGUCACCAUUCUUCGUGGUAACCAUGAAUCCCGUCAAAUUACCCAAGUCUAUGGUUUCUAUGAUGAAUGUUUAAGAAAAUACGGAAACGCGAAUGUUUGGAAAAUGUUUACCGACCUAUUCGACUUUUUACCAUUGACAGCUUUGAUCGAAGACCAAAUUUUUUGCUUACACGGUGGUUUGUCCCCUUCUAUUGACUCGCUUGAUCAAAUCCGUUCCUUGGACAGAAUUCAAGAAGUUCCUCAUGAAGGUCCUAUGUGUGAUCUUUUAUGGUCAGAUCCCGAUGAAAGAAGUGGUUGGGGUAUUUCCCCUCGUGGUGCUGGUUAUACAUUUGGUCAGGACAUUUCAGAGACAUUCAAUCAUAAUAAUGGUUUGACAUUAGUUGCAAGAGCUCAUCAAUUGGUGAUGGAGGGUUAUAAUUGGUGUCACGAUCGCAACGUUGUAACUAUUUUCAGUGCACCAAACUACUGUUAUCGUUGCGGUAACCAAGCUGCUAUCAUGGAAAUUGAUGAGCAUAUGAAAUACACAUUCUUACAAUUUGAUCCUGCACCCAGAAAAGGUGAACCUCAUGUUACCCGACGCACACCCGACUAUUUCUUGUAAUUAAAUAAAGCAUGUGUAGUGUCCUGUCAUGCAUCUUCCUUUAUCUGUUGUUAUUACAAUGGGGACCCUUGGGCUGAUUAAUUUUUUUUUAAGGUAGCAAAGGUUGACCCUGUACCACCUAUCAAUUUAAUAGCAUUCAAUACUUCCAUACGAAGAAGUUAGAAGUUUCAACAAGAUGUUACAUAACUAGGUAUUAUGUACUACACAAAUGUUUCUUUUUUCGCGGAUAAACAAAGCCACUGCAUUGAC